CGUCGCUUUGUUAUUGCAAUCAGGAAGUUCUACGCAGGGGAGAUAAUUUAAUAUAUCAUAAUUCUUCGGACAACGAAUUAAGACGACGAAAUUGUUUGGUGGUUUAAAUGAUUAACUGGGACGUCCAUCUCCCCAUUAUUGUCGUCACUCCAGUUAAUCUCCCAAAGCCUUCACCAACAGCUGACAAUGGGCACGGACAAGAUUGAAAGCAGUUUGUGUGAGAUAGAAGUGGUUGCUGAACAAAUCCUCGCCAAUAAACAACAAAUUGUUGACUUAGAUAGGAAACGAAACCAAAUUAGAGAAGCAAUUAGGGUUUUAUCAAAGACGCAUGGGGAAAAGAAAUCUUGGGUUUGCAUGAGUAAUAUGUUUAUCAAAAUGCCAGAAAAAUCUACAAAGUCAAUUUUAGAAAAAGAUUAUGACAAAUUGGACGUAGAAAUAAAUUCUCUUCGUAAAACUUUGAAAACUGAGAUGAAUCAGUUACGGGACUUGGAAAAUCAGGAUGCCCUUACAGGUUUCGAUUUGAAGCCUCUUUCAAACCAAGAGAUCAAAGCUAUUGAAAGUCUCAUCUGACUUUCACAAGUUUUGAACCCAGGACACUUCUUUUAAAGGUGCAUCGUUUCUGAUUCUUGUUGCUUAUGCACACACAAACUGUUGAUGGAAUCAUCCACUGGUAAUUCCAAACCUCUUUGUAAAUACCAUAUUCAGGACCCUGUAAGAUCCCAUGCUGAUGUCUUUACUCAAAAAAAUCACAAUGUUGAAUAAAAAGUUGUGAUAACUCAACACUU